AACAGAAGUUGAGCCAUCGUUAGGUAGCUCUUGGAGCACGUCAAAGGGUCUCACUCUCACACAAUAGCCCCUCGAUGAUUCCAAAGUUGCCAUUAAAACCCCUUCAUAUCCUUCAAUUACCAAUUUGCCAACAAAAUAACACCUUUAAUUAAGCCGCCAUUUCUAAAUCUAAUUAUUCACCCAAAUUUCUCAUAUUCAACCUGAAAAAAUAAACAACAGUGUACAAAAGAUGGCAACUUUUUCACCAUCUCAUUGCGCAUCUUCAUCUUCUUCAUUCUACUCAUCAUAUUCUUCUUCAAAAUCUCGGAAUGGGCGUCUUGGAAUGGUCAAAAUCUCUUCGAUUUCAAAGCAAUCUGCCCCGAAAAUCUCUGUUUCUAAACAACAACAGUCUGGGAGAAACCCAAAAUCGAAUGCUGUUUUUAUGCAAGAUGGUGCAGUUGCCACAAAAAUAAUUCCCGUUGAAGGGGAGAAUGUAUCAUCAGUGGAGACAUUGAAAGAUGGGAUAUUAUCAGCCACAUCUUCAAAGGAAAGUAAUGAUUUGAGUGGGUUUGAUGUGAGGAAGGAUGAAUCAACUGUCAGUAUCACUGUUGUUGGGGCCUCUGGGGACCUUGCCAAGAAGAAGAUAUUUCCUGCACUUUUUGCUCUUUAUUAUGAAGAUUGUUUGCCUAAGCACUUCACUAUAUUUGGUUAUGCAAGGAGUAAGAUGACUGAUGACGAACUUAGGACUAUGGUUAGCAAGACUCUUACUUGCAGAAUUGACAAGAGAGAGAACUGCGGUGAAAAAAUGGAGGAGUUUCUUAAGAGAUGUUUCUACCAAUCUGGUCAGUAUGAUUCCAGGGAAAACUUUGUGGAGCUAGACAAGAAACUCAGGCAACGUGAGGCUGGGAGGAUUGCUAACCGGCUCUUCUAUUUGUCAAUUCCACCAAACAUCUUCAUAGAUGCUGUAAGAUGUGCUAGUUUAUCAGCAUCCUCAGCAAAUGGGUGGACGCGAGUCAUUGUAGAGAAACCUUUUGGUCGGGACUCAGAGUCCUCUGCUGCUUUGACUAAUGGACUUAAGCAGUACUUGAAGGAAGAUCAGAUUUUCAGGAUUGAUCAUUAUCUAGGGAAGGAACUUGUUGAAAAUUUGUCUGUUCUUCGCUUCUCCAAUCUUAUCUUUGAACCCUUAUGGUCGAGGCAGUAUAUAAGAAAUGUUCAGUUAAUCUUCUCAGAGGAUUUUGGCACUGAAGGGCGUGGAGGGUAUUUUGAUCAUUAUGGAAUUAUUAGAGACAUUAUGCAGAACCAUUUGCUACAAAUUUUAGCUCUAUUUGCCAUGGAAACUCCUGUUAGCUUGGAUGCAGAAGAUAUCAGAAAUGAAAAGGUGAAAGUUCUUCGGUCAAUGAGGCCACUGCAACUUGAUGAUGUGGUAAUAGGACAAUACAAGAGCCAAACUAGAGGAGGUGUUACUUAUCCUGGUUACACGGAAGACAAGACUGUACCUAAAGACAGCUUAACCCCGACAUUUGCUGCAGCGGCCCUCUUUAUAGAUAAUGCAAGAUGGGAUGGCGUGCCUUUCCUCAUGAAAGCUGGGAAAGCUCUGCAUAACAGGAGUGCUGAGAUAAGGGUUCAAUUCCGGCAUGUACCUGGAAAUUUAUAUGCCAGAAAUUUCGGGUCAAAUCUUGAUCAAUCGAUGAAUGAGCUUGUUAUCCGAGUACAGCCCGAUGAAGCUAUUUAUUUGAAGAUCAAUAACAAGGUUCCUGGUUUGGGAAUGAGAUUGGAUCGCAGCACUCUCAAUCUUCAUUAUGCAGCAAGGUAUGCAAAAGAGAUUCCAGAUGCCUAUGAGAGGCUUUUACUUGAUGCAGUAGAAGGAGAAAGAAGACUGUUUAUCCGAAGUGAUGAACUUGAUGCUGCUUGGGCACUCUUCACACCACUUCUGAAAGAGCUAGAACAGAAGAAAGUUAAUCCCGAGUAUUAUCCCUAUGGAAGUAGGGGUCCUGUUGGCGCACACUAUCUUGCUGCCAGAUAUAAUGUUCGAUGGGGCGAUCUUGGCUCAGAGCCGUAAGUCUUCAGUUCCUCGGUUAUUUAUAUUGCUGUAACGGGUAUUUGCUGAUAAUAACAUCACUAUUUACCCACUGAUGCAUGAGGUAUCCAUUUCUUAACAAUAUAGGAUAGUACUUCGUAAAAUAGAAGAAUGGAUGGACCCUCUAUUAUGCACCAAAGGGUAUUUUUGCUCAUUUACAAGAUCAUCAAAUGAGCAAAAAUAAGCCCUUGGUGCACCUAAAUCUACGUGCAUCACUAUUCAGGGUGCAUGUAAGAAUUUUCAAUGAGAUAGAGCUCCUCUCAACCUUUGCCCUUUCUUUUAUCUGGUCCAUGUUGGACGGUUUUUAUUGUGAAAUAAAUGGUAGAUUAGGAACUUGGUCAAUUCUUUGUUGUACAAAGCCUUUGAGAACCCGGCAUAUUGUACUGUCGUUUAUCUUAUGUUUCAGAAUUUUUAGAUGUAUGAGAAGAUAUUUAGCUAGUUCUGAAUAAAUGGAUGUCUUGCCCCUUA